CAGUCAUGGGUAAGAGGUUAAAAGUUGCGCAUGCGCAUUUAAAGCCAUCCUGCUUUAGAUGAAACCACGGAACCCAGUACUGUAGUAACACCUUCUCUUACUUGACGCCCGAAAUGCGCCUGUGCAAGACCUGAGCAAACGACCAGAAUAGACCCGCUUGAAAUGUGCCUAGAAAUCAACAGGAAAAUCCAGGAGAACUUUCAAAUGAACUAAGACCUCAACUAAUGGGAAAGUAUUUCUCUUUUUGAGAUAGCUUUCGUGUCAAACGGGCAUAACUAUUGCCGAAUUACUGCUACAAUGAAAUCUUGGAUUUCGCCAAAUCCCUUUUAGGGGCUACUUCCGACUCGAGAAAGACAAAAAUAUGGCUGGCAUUCAAUAUAUCCCCGGAAGUUCCCUAUCAAGACAACGCGAUGGGUAGUUCUCUCUCCAUGUUUCUUCUUUCUUCCGUCUUCACACUCUGCCAUUGAUUGGCCCAGCGAUAUGCUUGUCAUAUAGUGAGCCCAACCAUUGUCAGCCUUCUUGAUUAACCCUAUGACUAUUGGCGUCAUCCCAAUGCGACUGUCUAAGCUGAGAGUCUCUGAUUGGUUUACCGAUGUGCUUGUCCGUUCGUAGCCCAAUCGGAGUAACGUUCGGUAUCCCGUCCCGCUAUUGAUUGGUUUAAGGGAGCUAGAAGCGGGUAUAGCUGACGGCGGAGCUGAUAAGAAAAAAAGGGAGCGAGUGUGGCGCUUGGAGAAAACGGAGAGGAGGGAAGAUCUGGCAUUCUACUGUGUACACAGCAAGGGGUGAGGAAGUGCAGAAGGAUGAAGAAGGAGCAAGUGCUUAACUGUCAGUUCUCCUUGUGGUACCCACAAUUCAAAAGCCAAACUAUCUGCAGCAUUAUACUUCCACUGCCACAGAAUGUGAAGGAUUACUUGCUGGAUGAUGGUACUUUGGUAGUUUCAGGAAGGGAAGAUCCCCCUACCUAUUUUGCAGAUGUUGAUGGCAAUGACAAUGAAAUGGAUGAAAUACAGGCACCAGAAUUCCCUGAAUUUGCACUUAAAGUUCAAGAAGCAAUCAGUUCCCUGGGAGGUAGUGUUUUUCCUAAGCUCAAUUGGAGUGCUCCAAGGGACGCCUAUUGGAUCGCAAUGAAUAGUUCUCUGAAGUGUAAAUGCCUCAGCGACAUCUUCUUACUUUUCAAGAGUUCAGAUUUCAUUACUCGAGAUUUUACUCAACCAUUUAUUCAUUGCAAUGAUGACUCCCCUGACCCCAACUUGGAAUAUGAACUUGUACUCCGAAAGUGGUGUGAAUUGAUUCCUGGGGCAGAAUUCAGAUGUUUUGUCAAGGAAAAUAAACUUAUAGGUAUAUCCCAGCGAGACUACACUCAAUACUAUGAACAUAUCUCUAAACAAAAAGAAGAGAUAUGUCGAUGUAUACAGGAGUUUUUCAAGAAACACAUACAGUAUAAAUUCUUUGACGAAGACUUUGUGUUUGAUGUCUAUAGGGACAGCAUGGGAAGAGUGUGGUUAAUUGAUUUUAAUCCAUUUGGUGAAGUAACGGAUUCUCUGCUGUUUACAUGGGAAGAGCUGUCUGGGAACAGUUUGAAAGAUGAUCAGAGUGAAGGUGCAGCCAUGGAACAGGACUACCCAUCAUUCCGUUGCACAAACAGUAACCUUACAGUACAGCCUAGUCCCUAUCUCAGCUACAGACUACCCAAAGACUUUGUAGACCUCUCUACUGGAGAAGAUGUUCACAAAUUAAUUGACCUGCUCAAACUGAAACGAAAUCAGCAAGAUGAUGAAGAAUUAUGAAGUAUGGGGUGAAAUUGAAGCAAGAAAUGAGCCCAGAGCUUCCUGGGGUGGGGGGUGGGGGCUAACAUUUUAACAGCACCAGCUCAGAGAAAAUCUGCUUUUUGUAUUCUCACAAAAUCAAGACAAUAAGGUCAUUGACACAACCUGUGAGCCAGACAGGGUGGGGGAAGCAGGAGCGCACCUACCUUCCCCCAGACGAUCGUUGUUCUCUUGGCUGUGCCACUCACACGUCUACACAAGCUGUGCUGCUUGGAGCAGUGCGGAACUCUUGAGACCAGGAAAACACAACCCGGCGUCCAGAAAUUCCUCAAUGCACUGUAUGAGGAGCGUGUUGCAUUGAGGGAUUUCUCCACCAGCCGGGUGCUCUAGGUGCCCAGCUCUGUGUCAGCCUGAGCAAGCACAUGGCCGGGGACUGAGGUAAGAGGGCAUGUGCGCCCUCUUUCCUCAGUAAAAGCCUGGGGACAAAAACUGGGCUACCUGGUGAGGCAGUGCCAGAAUCUGCUCCAAUCCCAGCGCUUCACACAAGCAGCCCUACCCCGGUAGGCUGUGCAAGCCCGGGUAGGGCUGCUUAUGUGAACAGCCUUAAUGUCAGUCUUUUGUGGGUAUUUUCUGGGUAUCUUUUAUUUAACAGAAUAAAUAUAUGUUUGGCAGACUUGCAAAUAAAUACUGGGGGGGGGGGAAAGGAAUUGCUCCUCUCUACGCGUGGUCAGCUCCUCCUCCACAAUGGCAGAGCCAUAGUGCUGCCCUCCAAACCUAUACUGAGUCUUUAAAGCUGCAACAGAAGACCAAGAGAGAGUUUCUAUAACCGUAGCAUUGCCUAGGCCCCAUUUUACUGCUUAGCAAGGAAGCUGACAACAGUAGAAGGGAUCCUAUGACUUGAGAGAUGGGAAACAACCAAAUCACUAGUGACCUGGGGAGCACCACUGAUGUGCAGGGAGCCAUUCUUUCUUCCUGCUGGCCAAACCCAAGUCCUGCUCCUUUACACUCACGGUAUAUGAUUGUGGUUGCUGGUCACUUAUGGCAGACAUUUUUCUUCCACCUCUGUGGCUGCUGUGGAGAAUCCCCAGUAGGACUGAAUUAGGAUUACUCUAACCCUACUUGCAUUGGAUCUGAAUUUGGUAUUAGAUGCAGAAUUUAGCAUCUCUUCACUUGUAUCUUUAAAAAUAAAAAGCAAUAUUUAGCUCUUA